AGUAGUGCUUCUCAAAAUUUCUAGAACCCACGUCACACGUACUCUGGGAAGGAUAGGGUUGGAAAAUGCCUGGUUCCGUAUUAUAUAAGAGUCUCGCCCUAGAAUCCUCGAGGAGGAGAAUUUAAUUCACUGUACUUUAUCCUUUUGUGUGGGGAAUUAUGGUAAUUGAUUUUGAGGGUUUGACUACUCAUGGAUUAUGAUGGUAUGAGAAAACCUUCCAAAAACUUAUUUCACUCUCGCUUCUUCCUUUUUGGGUUCUAUUGCUGGGAUUGGGAGUUCUUGACCGCUCUCCUCCUUUUUAGUUCUUCCCCUUAAUCUUCUUCUUCACAAUUUUUAUUUCCUUCCUUAUUAGACGUAUUAGAUCAGAUUGAACAAAAGGGUUUUUCUUUCUUUCUUUCUUGGGGAAUAAUAGAAAUAAGAAAAGAUUAGUGAGGUUGAAAUGUCGCAACGAUCGGUGCCGGCGCCGUUCUUGACGAAGACGUAUCAGUUGGUGGAGGAUCAGGGGACGGACCAGGUGAUAUCGUGGGGUGAAAGUGGGAACACUUUUGUGGUGUGGAAGCAUGCGGAUUUUGCAAAGGAUUUGCUUCCAAAAUAUUUCAAGCACAACAACUUCUCCAGCUUUGUUCGACAGCUCAAUACCUAUGGAUUCCGAAAAAUUGUGCCAGACAAAUGGGAAUUCGCGAACGAGCAUUUCAAGCGAGGGCAGAAGGAGCUUCUCUCCGAGAUCAAACGCCGCAAGACCGUGCCUCAAUCGUCGGCACAUCCCCCGGAGGCCGGAAAGUCCGGCGGCGACGGCAACUCUCCGUUGAACUCCGGCAGCGACGACGCGGGCUCCACCUCAACCUCGUCCUCGUCCUCCGGUUCCAAGAACCAGGGAUCGGUGGAAACAAACACAACGCCUUCUCACCAGUUAUCGAGCGAGAACGAGAAACUGAAGAAGGAUAACGAAACGCUGAGUUGCGAGCUGGCACGUGCGAGGAAGCAGUGCGAUGAGCUCGUGGCUUUCCUCAGGGACCGUCUGAUGGUGGGUCCCGAUCAGAUCGAUCGCAUCAUGCGGCAAGGAAGUUGCGGAUCUGAAAACGUGGUAGGUGAAGGCGGUGGAGGAGACUGUUUGAAACUGUUUGGUGUUUGGUUAAAAGGGGAUACGCUAACAGACAAAAGAAACAACAACAAAAGAGGCCGCGAAGACCAAAUGGGCUUCGGUGGGCCUCGCCUCAAGGAGUCAAAGCCCGUUGUUGACUUUGGAGCUGUAAAUGUCAUGAUGAAGAGCAACAGGGUUUGCAACUGAAUGAGGCUCUCACCUCGCCACGUAAUCUUUUAAGCAAUUAAAGAAGGAAUAGGAUAAUGAUUAGUGAAAAAAGAAAAGGCUAAGCGAUAAUUAUGUUUGGGUAAAAGACCAAAUGCACUAGCCUAUGCUUUCUACACAUGUUGAGGUUGUGUAAUUUGUAAUGUACGUAGGUCAAUGCCUCUAUGAAUAUUGAUUAGGAAAUUAAACAGGUUUUAAUAGUCAAUUAUGACUUUUUAUGUCAAUGCAUUUUAAUGAUUUUUUUUUUUCUUUCGAAAAACGCAUGUAAUGGUUAAAUGGCUGCAUUCUGUAGUUUAGUCUGAUGAUAUAGUGGAGCUUCACGAUCCGUGGUAA